UUUCCGCUUGACAGAUUGAUUCUGUCUAUAUUAUCCCCAUCAAAGUAAGCAGCUUGUGCAAACUUCACUCUUGAUUAACAUAUCGAGGUCCCUCUUGUGUGUCAAUACAAUCUUUUAACGGCUCAAUCUAAGAUUUCCUAUUCACUAUGGGAAUUUUUCCAAGUAUUGGAAAUUCGAACGAGUGGUCUACUGGCCUCUGUGAUUGUACCAAAGAUUGCCGUUCCUGCUGCCUUACUUGCUGGUGCCCUUGUGUUGCCUUCGGGAGAAAUGCUGAGAUUGUGGAUAAAGGCCAAAAUUCUUGCUGCCUGAUGGGGUGCAUUUUCUAUUUGCUGAAUCUCACAUGUCAUUAUGCUGGUUGUUCGUGGAUUAUUAGCAUGGGCUAUCGCAGUAAGCUGAGGAAGCAAUUCGGUAUUAAGGGAGGGUCAUGCCAGGAUUGUCUCAUUCAUUUCUGUUGCCAGUCUUGUGCCUUGUGCCAAGAGUACCGUGAACUUGAGUCCCAGGGAUUUGAUGUUUCUGCUGGUUGGGAUGGAAAUACCUCCAAAAAGAUCGCUAAUUGGAUGACUUUGGCUCCAGUUUGGCAAAGCAUGAAACGUUAGCUCGAAGAAUCUACUCAUCUGCAACUACAUUUCAUUUGCACCUUCGAAAACAUCAAUGUUCUGAUAGUUUUUCU